AUGGGCGCUCAGCUCUCGCAAUUCUUCCCUCCCCGACCUACCUUUACUGAGAAAAACAUCCCCUCCCAAAAAGGCAAGGUAUUUCUCAUUACUGGUGGUACCUCCGGAAUAGGCUUCGAAUUAGCCAAAAUCCUCUACCGCAAGGGCGCCAAAGUCUAUAUUACAGGUCGGACGGAGGCCAAGGCCCAGAAUGCCAUCCAAGCGAUCCAGAGAGCCGUCCCUCAAAGUGAAGGUGGACAGCUAGACUUCAUCACGCUCGAGCUCGACGAUCUCGCCAGCAUCAAGACGUCCGCGGAAGCUUUCAAAGCGAAGGAACCCAAGCUUGAUAUUCUCUGGAACAACGCUGGAGUCUCACAACCACCCCUGGGGAGCGUGUCGAAGCAGGGAAUCGAGCUCCAGCUGGCGACCAACUGUCUUGGUCCGUUCUUGUUUACGCAGAUGCUUCUCCCCUUGCUGGAUGCGGCUGUGACCGCGAACACGAACGCGAAUGUCGACGCCUCUGCGGGGUCUGUGAGGGUCGUCUGGCUCAGUAGCCAAGUGGUGGAGCUGUCCGCACCCCCAGAGGGCAUUAUCAUGGCCGAACUGAGCAGCCCACCCCGGGACAAUGUGCGCAACUACACCACCUCCAAGCUCGGGAACUGGUUUCUGUCGGCGGAGUUCGCGCGUCGCUAUGGCGCCGAGCAUGCAAUUGUCAGCGUCGCUUUGAAUCCGGGUGCAGCAAACACGAGCCUCCUGCGCAACGCCAGGCUGAUGAAGAUUCUCUCAUGGCCGUUGCUCAAUAGCCCCAAGUUGGCGGCUCGUACGGAGCUCUUUGCGGGUCUGUCUCCGGACAUUUCGAUGGAGAAUAAUGGAUGCUAUGUUAUUCCUUGGGGUCGCAUUCAUACCGCGGUCGCACCGAAUUUGCUGAAUGCGAUGAAGUUGAAGGAGGAGGGUGGAACGGACAGAGCAAAGGAGUUUUGGGACUUCUGCGAGGAAAGGACAAAUGGCUACAGAUGA